AGCCAACUUCAUCUAUAGAAACUUCUGAAAAUAAUUCCUCAUUAGAAGAUUUAGACCAAAUUUUCUUUGACUUCUACCUGACAGGUGCAACUAUGUUUGCCUAGAGGAUAGCUGUAGCCAAGCAAGUUGAGAUGAGCUUCUUGUGAGUGACACUGAGGACUCUUCCACAGGGAUGGGAGAACCGUAGGGCGUACCUUGUAAAGGAAGCGAAGAAGAGCUUCUAGAUUAGUUUAGUAGUUAGUUCAGAAGUGUAUUCAGAGAUUUCAACUCAAGAUCUGUUCUAUUCCGCUCGUUUGGAUGUUUUGGAGCAAAACAGAUCAAUUUGGGGCAAAACAAGGCCCAAAGUCGUGAAAGAGGCAUUAGGCAGGGGGAUCCCAUGGCACCCACCCUGUUUCUUUUUUGUGUGGAAUACUUCUCUAGAUUGAUGAAGAUGAUGGUCAAACAAAGGAAAUUUAGCUAUCACUUGCUUUGUGCUACUGAGAAGAUAACCCAUAUUGCCUUUGCUGAUGAUUUGAUGCUAUUCUCUAGAGGAGAUGUCACCUCGGUUACAGUCCUGGCAGAUGCUCUUAGACACUUCUCUCAAUUUUCUGGACUUCAUAUUAACCCACAUAAGUCUAACAUUUAUCUUGCAGGUGAAAUUAAGGACAAUAAAGAUGACAUUUUGAACCUGGUGCAAUUCCCGGUAGGUAAACUACCUGUCAGAUACCUGGGCUUGCCACUCACAUCUCAAAGGGCUUCUGAAAGGGACUUUGCCCCCCUUCUUGCUAAAGUGGAGGAGAAUAUACAUAGAUGGAAUUCCAAGACAUUGUCCCGGGCAGGGAGAGUGGAGCUGAUUAAGAGUGUCAUACAAGGAAUUCAGAGUUUUUGGCUUCAAGCCUUUCCAGUCCACAAGUCUGUGCUUAACAGGAUUACCACUAUUUGCAGAACUUUUCUUUGGGGAAGUAAAUUUUCAAAGGUUGCUUGGUCUGAUAUUUGUAAGCCCACUAAAGAAGAAGGUUUGGGACUUAGAGAUUCCUACACCUGGAACCAAGCUUUUCUGGUCAAGAACCUUUGGAAUAUUGCCUCUAGGAAGGAUACACUGUGGGUAAAAUGGGCCCAUUCAGUUUAUCUUAGAGGCAGAGAGAUCUGGAGCUGGACACCUAAGAAGGGUGACUCACACCUCUUCAAAAGGCUGUCCAUUGCUAGAGACACCAUGAUUGAGAAAUGUGGGGGGCUUGAUAACAUUGAAGAGUACAUGCAGGGUCUAUGUCACAAUGGGGCCUUUAACACCUCCAAGUUAUCAAAGGUCUGACCAUGGGGAGCAAAUUGUUUUAAUGUGAUUAGCCUAGCCCUUGUGUGUGUACCCCAUAUAGAAAUUGCACCACCUUUUGAUGCCAGUGUCUAUGUGUUAAGG